AGCAGCACACAAGAACUCACAACAGGUACUUCAAGUUAAGCCAAGUCCAGGCGCUGCUGCUGAUUUGAACUAACACAUCAUGGGCCCCAGGAGUGGAGAAGACCGGGCACUCCUCUAGACUGGAAGAGCCCAUCACAUUCAGCAUCUGGAGCAUCUUCUGCCCUUCCAGGCUGGGACCAAUCUGAGAAGAAAAGACAAUGGCUUUUUAUCCCCUUCAGAUUGCUGGACUGGUUCUUGGGUUCUUCGGUUUGGUUGGGACGGUUGGCACAACGCUUCUGCCUCAAUGGAGAGUAUCGGCUUUCAUCGGCAGCAACAUUAUUAUCUUUGAGAGGAUCUGGGAAGGACUUUGGAUGAACUGCAUCCAGCAAGCUAUGGUUACACUGCAGUGCAAAUUCUAUAACUCCAUACUGGCUCUCCCACCAGUACUGGAAGCAGCGCGUGCGCUCAUGUGCGUGGCGGCGGCUCUUGCCUUGAUUGCUCUCAUUAUUGGUAUCUGCGGCAUGAAACAGAUGCAGUGCACCGGCUCCAGUGAGAGGGUCAAAGCCUACUUGCUGGGAACCUCGGGAGUACUCUUUAUUCUCACUGGAAUCUUCGUUCUGAUUCCAGUGUCCUGGACCGCCAACAUCAUCAUCAGGGACUUCUAUGACCCAAACAUCCAUGCAGGGCAGAAGCGAGAGCUCGGAGGAGCACUCUUCCUUGGCUGGGCGACCGCGGCUGUCCUCUUCAUCGGAGGGGGGCUCCUCUGUGGUUAUUGCUGCUGUAACAGAAGGAAUCGGUGGUACAGAUAUCCAGCCCCAGCAUAUCGUGUACCACAAAAAGAUAACCAGAGGAAGGUGACAAUGCCUAGCAAAACUUCCACGAGCUAUGUCUAAGGCGUGCUUCCAACAUCAGCCCAUGGCUUAUGCUCAAGUGUUUUAUAAAGCCGUCCCAGAAACUGUGAGUACAUCAGGCAGAAG